AUGUCUACUCUAUUGCAGUUAAUGGCCAAUUAUUAUAAGGCAGUUAUUGCAAAUGAAAAGAUAUAUUAUGACUACUUGAUACAAGAACAUGAGCAUGAUAAAAAUCAAUCAGAGCAAUCUAUAUCUGCACCUUUAUCAUCAUCAUCUUUCGCUCCACCUACAACAGGAACAAUAACAACAGCGAGUACUACACCAAGAAUGAUUGAUGAAACUUUACUACUACAGAAGCAAUUGACAACAUUAACUGCUCAAUUACAGGAAUUGACAAAAGAAAAUGAUCAUUUGAAAGAAUUGCAAAAAUCGACUAAAUCAUUAAUGGAAACAAAAUUGAAUUCUUAUAAGAAGAGACUAUCUAAAACUGCAUUUAAUAAUAAUAAUAAUAGUAGUAGUAGUAAUAAUAGUAAUAAUAGCCUAAAAUUAGACACAACAAGUGGUAAGAAUGAUAAUGAUACUGGGUUCCAUUUAUUAUCUCCUAUUAAUACCAAUAGAAAUAAAUCCAAGUUACCUGGGAAGAAAUCCUUACUUCAUAAUAACUAUAACAGUACAAGUAUAAAGGGGAAGGCCGAAAAAGAUAAGAAUGAGGGCGUCUUUGACGAUGAGCCUUCAAAUAGAACAAGCUUACGAGAGGUGUUGAGCAGCGGUAAGCAUACUUUAUUUGAUGACGAUGAUGAGGAGGGAGAGAAGGAUGGUAGUGAGGAUGUGAACGUAGAUACCAGUGAGAAGAACGACAGGGGGAAAGCUUCGACAGCAGAUAGUACAAGUGAUGUGUUGUUUUUACAAUCAUUUAAUGAUAAAUCGAAAUCAGUGUCGCAAUCAAUCUCGAAACCAACUUCAAAUCCGGAUUCAAAUUCAAAAAGUAUGAGCAAGAAAGCAGAGAAAAAGACUGUUAAUAAAAGAAAAAAUACUGGUUCAAACAAUACGAAGAAAGGUAAGAAAAAGUUGAGAUUGAUCAGAAAGAAAGUACAUCAAAAAUUAGAUGAUAACGAUAAUGAUAACGAUAACGACGAGUAG